CAGAUCCACAUCAUCACUUUGUCUGCUUUGCGAGAUGCCGAAUUCCGCAGGUCCUGUCUUGGGAUCAUUGAUUCGGCCUUUAGCGAAAGAAUUUGUCUCGGGGAGUCUAUGACGCUGUCGUGCCAGCGCGACGUUGGAAUGCAUUUUCCAUCUACUUGACAUAUCACAAUAGUACAUACACGCUGGACGAGACUAGAACUAGUUCUCGGUGACGCAAUCCAAGCACAACAAGCUUGGCCCUUGAACUUCAAGAAAGACGGGCAUCAUGACUACAGGUACACACGACGACACGGCCACGACGACGACAACGACGAACGGCGUAUCGAACCCAGCAGCACAAACGACGACUUCCACAUCGAACCCAGCAGCAGCACAAACGACGGGUGCGACGACCUACCAGCCUGCACCACAAUCGCAAACACAAACACAGCCCACGUUGACGACAUUGGAGGGACAAGAUGUUGAAAAGGAUCGCCAGGGUAGCACAUCAAGAUCGAGUUCAGAUCUUGCCAACGAUGUCGAGAAGCAGGAUGACAAGCAGGAUGGAUCACAGGACGAGGAGCAUCAAGAGCUGGAGCAAGCGGUAAGCAAGGAUGGGAAGAUCAAUGGACGAUCGAAGGGCAAGAUAGCCAUCAUCAUGCUUGCAUUGUGUAUGGCUGUCUUCUUGGCUGCUCUUGAUGUGACCAUCAUCACAACUGCUUUGCCAACCAUCAGUGAGCACUUCAAUUCUACUGCCGGCUAUACAUGGAUUGGAUCAGCGUUCCUGCUGGCAAACUCAGCCUCGAUUCCUUCAUGGGGAAAAGUCAGUGACAUCUUCGGACGCAAGCCCAUGUUGCUGCUUGCCAACAUCAUCUUCCUGAUCGGCUCUUUGGUGGCUGCUUUAGCCAACAGCAUUGGCAUGCUGAUUGCUGCCCGAGCGAUCCAAGGUAUUGGCGGAGGUGGGCUCGUCAUUCUCGUCAAUAUCGUAAUUGGAGAUUUAUUCCCCAUGCGAAUGCGCGGAGCCUUUUACGGUGUGAUUGGUGGUGUCUGGGCUAUCGCUUCCAGCGUCGGUCCCAUCAUCGGCGGAGCUUUCUCCCAGUAUGUCACAUGGAGGUGGUGCUUCUACAUCAACUUACCUCUGGAUGGACUGGCCUUCUUCAUCCUUCUCUUCUUCCUAGAUAUUAAGACACCACGGACACCAAUCUUGCAAGGACUAAAAGCCAUCGACUGGAUAGGAUCCUUGCUUGUCGUGGGCGGUACUCUCAUGCUGUUAUUUGGUCUGCAAUACGGUGGUGUCUCUGCGCCAUGGGACUCCGCUCGAGUACUCUGCUUAAUCAUCAUUGGUGCCUUCACUCUUUUCCUAUUCGGCAUGUGGGAGUGGAAGGCUGCCACAUAUCCAAUCAUGCCAAUGGGCUUAUUUGCCUCUGUCAGCAGAGCCUCGACGCUCGCCAUCGUCUUCUUGCACGGGAUCGUCUUCAUAUCCACGAGCUACUAUUUGCCACUCUAUUUCCAAGCAGUCCGAGGUCAGUCGCCAAUCAUGUCCGGAGUCCUGGUUCUGCCAACUGCUGUAUCUCUUGCAGUCACGUCGAUUGCGACAGGCGCCUUCAUCGCUAAGACGGGCAAAUUCCUUCCGCCCAUCUACUUUGGAUUCUUCUUUCUGACACUUGGAUUCGGACUCUACAUCGACAUUGACGCGCACAGCUCUUGGGCGAAGCUCAUCAUCUAUCAAAUCAUCUCGGGAGCUGGAAUUGGACCUAUCUUCCAGUCUCCCAUUAUUGCACUCCAAGCGCACAUCAACCCCCGCGACAUUGCCACUGCCACUGCUACUCUCGGCUUCGUACGUCAGCUCGCAACCAGUAUCUCUGUCGUCAUCGGAGAAGUCGUCUACCAGAACGAGUUGCAGAAGAAGAGUGGUCAGAUUGCUGCAGACAUUGGUAGUGACGCUGCUAACCAAGUCACCGGAGGCAAUUCUGGCUCGAGCACGGAGUUCAUCAAUUCACUGCCGAGCGGGCAGCGCGAGGUCGUCCGAGUUGCAUUCGCUGACUCAUUGCAACCCAUGUGGAUCAUGUAUACCUGCUUUGCGGUAGCGGGAUUCCUGGUGAUGUUUGGUGUCAGGCAGAAGAAGCUUUCACGAGAGCACGAGGAAACGAAGACGGGCCUUGAGGCUGAGAAGGCCAAUGCAGUGGCACGCAAAGCCGAGGCAGACGAGAAGAAGUUAUCGAAGGCGGAAAAGCGAGGCUCCAUAUAGUCACUGCAGGCUUGACCCCGUUUACAAGGUCAUACCUGCUUGUGCUAGUGGUGACAGCAGUACCGAGGAUUCGGCGAGGAAGAUCACAGCGCAACGGGAGCACCCGAUGUGGCGAAGAUGCCCACUGCUAUGAGUACGGCCGCGAAUUUCGACUCCAGGACGCUUUGAUUUAUCUAACGAUAUUGCAUUCUUAAUGUUUCAGAAAUGGCUGAAGGAGAUGUAGUCCUGGCAGUACUCACAUCGCAUGGCAAGGUGUGCCGUGCAGCUUCGCGGGCCGGAAAAUAGACAGAAAAGUACUUGUAUGAGAUGACAUGGAUGUGAGAAGAUAGAUUUCGGGAAGAAGAGCAUAGCAUGACUUUGAGAGUUAUUAGAUACCCA